AUAUUGGAUAAAUCCAACAUUGCAGCCUCCCACGCCCACAUAAAAAUCAUAGACCUUCCCGGUGUGAACCGCCCAUUCGAGAUUCUGCAACAAUCUGUGGAGAAAUACGCCACAGUUUACAUAGAGAACUACAAGUCCCACGUCAGAGACGCCAUAGCUGACCAUGUUCUGCCCAACUCCUUCGUUUCUGGUUUGGUUAUUGAUAUGUUCUGCACCACCAUGAUUGACGUAGCCAAUGAGUUCAAGGUUCCAUCUUAUCUAUUUUUCACUUCCGGGGCUGGUUUUCUAGGGCUUCUCCUCCACCUUCCGGGCCGGUAUGACCGACUCGGCACAUUUUUCAAACCAUCAGACCCUGAGUCUGUUGUGCCGAGUUAUGUCAACCCAGUUCCUGCAAAUGUGCUUCCUUCGUUUGCUUACAUGGACACCGGGUACAGUUGCUUUGCGAACCAUGCUAGGAGGUUCAAGGAAACCAAGGGUAUAGUCGUCAACACAAUUUUUGAGCUGGAGUACCAUGCGGUUGGCUCACUUUUGGAUUGUGAGACUGAAAUCCCUCCUGUUUACACGAUGGGACCCUUGAUUGGUGAGCAUCAUGUGCAGCCGUCUGAUCGGGCCAAAUUUGGAAAGAUCAUGACGUGGCUUGAAGAUCAGCCUCCGAAAUCAGUGGUGUUCCUCUGCUUUGGGAGCUUUGGAAGUUUUGAUGAGGCCCAACUGAGAGAGAUUGCGGUUGGAUUAGAAAAGAGGGGUAAGAAAUUCUUGUGGUCCGUACGGAAAACGCCACCUGCGGGCCAGUUUGUAAUGCCAGGUGAGUACGCAAAUCAUGACAAGUUUUUGCCUCCAGGAUUCUUGGAGAGGACCAAAGAUGUUGGUAUUUUGUGUGGUUGGGCCCCACAAGUGGAGGUCUUGGCCCACAGAGUGACUGGAGGGUUUGUGUCGCACUGUGGGUGGAACUCCAUAUUAGAGAGCUUGUGGCAUGGUGUCCCUAUUGUGACUUGGCCUGUGUCUGCAGAGCAGCAGAUUAAUGCCUCUCAGAUGGUGAGGGAUUUGGGACUGGCCGUGGAGCUGAGAUUGGACUACAGAAGGGACGGUGGUAAUCAUUUUGUGGUGGCGGAUGAGAUCGAGAAGGCUGUGAGGUGUGUGAUGGACGGUGAUGGUGAGGUGAGGAAGAGGGUUGAGGAGAUGAGUGAAGUGUGUAGGAAGGCUGUUGGAGAUGGUGGAUCUUCCUCUACUACGUUUCGACAUUUGAUUGAGGUUAUGUUGGCAAGCCUUGACAAAAAGGAGGAAUGAUGGGAUUAGUCGUACAUAUGCUCACGGCACAAUAUAAUUGCUUUUAUUUUGGGGAACUACAUAUAUAAAUAACUAGGAUUUGUCCAUUUG